AUGUACCUCAUAGUAGAGUUUGUUGGGGAGGAGCAAACCGGACCAGUGGCAAAAUCUUGGUAUAAGGAUGGCUUCUCCUGGUGGCCUCCCUACAAAGAUGAAAACCGACUCUUGAAAAGUGUCAGGAAAUCAGAGGUCCCACAGCCUGAUAAAGGGUGGAGCAAGCACAGCGUGCGAAUACUUUAUGAAUCAGAGUCGUUUGACAACAUUGUUGCCAACUGGAAAAAGUCAUGUUACACAUCAGAUCUUAACUCAGAAACUGAGUUAAGAAACUCCAGCACAGAAACUCUGGGAAAGAGAGUCAGGAAAAAGAAAAUAUACUCUUCAUCUGAACAAGAAGAAGAAGAAGAACCACAACCUGCCAAAGUAAAAAAACUUGCAAAUGCACCAAGGCCCCCAGCCCCACCACAAAGACAGAAACAUGGUUCAAAAAAUAACGCACUAACCAGCACCUUUCAGCCUGGAAGAGCAGAGCAGGAGUGGUGUAACAAUCUGUCAGAUAGUCAAGCUGCCGCGAUGAAAAAUCCAGUACUGCCAGCGCCGACUGAAGCAGAAGCGGAGAACUGCUUAAAAGAUUACUUGCGGCUGGCACCAGGAAGGAGACUUUAAAUUACAUUUUAUUUAGUAGUUAAUUGCUAUUUUUGUUUUGUUAUUUGUGUUCAUCGUAAUUAUUAUUGUAAUGUUUAUUUAUCAUAUAUAAAAAAUUUGAUUCAU